CGGCCUCAAUCAUACUUUAAUAAGAUGGAACACGACACUUCAAAAGGUUUAAUCAGUUCAUUCACAUCUCGUUCGGCUCCUCCACGGAAUAAGGAUGUACAUUGUACUUGGCUAAGUUAGCGGCCUCACAAAACGCAUCAGUCUGUAAACGUCGCGAUACUUAUACACAACUCCGAAUUAUAUGUUAUUUUAUAUAAUAAAAAUAUUAAUUAAUUGCGGGAAGUAAAAAUGACGCUAAAGAUCGUACUUUCAAUCUUUGUUCUCACGAUUUUUAUUCGAUUCGGCGCGUCGAUCAAGUGCUACGAAUGCAACAGCGCGAACAACUCGAUGUGCUUGGACCCCACCAUCUACGACACGGAGACUAUCCAGAAGUACCUGCGGAGCGCGGAGUGCGAGCGCAGCGUGCUGGCCACGGCGCAUGCCGGCAAGCCCAUGUUCUGCAGGAAGAUUUUACAGACGAUCCUCAACAAAGGCCACGAGCCGGAGGUCCGCGUGACGCGCGGCUGCGGCUGGGUGAAGCACCGCCGCGACUGCUACAAGGCGGACAACGAGGACCACCUCGAGACCGUGUGCCAGUGCUUCAGCGAUAACUGCAACGGAGUUGAUAACCUGACCUACAGUUUACUGACUGUCCUCACCGUCACUUUAGGCAGAAUAGUAUUAGUACUGUAAGAAAUCUUCAAACAUCUACGUUCCCGCGCAUAUUCAAAAGUUCCCACAUUCAAAAUGUUCGUAGGCUCGCUGCCCAAAAAUUGAAAUAACGUAAUUUGAGCUGAGUAACAUAGGUACUAAUAUAAUGAUUAUGUGCGAAUAAAAAUAUUGUCAGUUUGUACUUUGUUGUUGCAAUAAGUUAAUUAAUAAGCAGGGUAAUAUUAAUAAUAUUAUACAAAUAAAAUUAUUGUUUUGAAAUUA